GGAUUUGCUCCAUUUGGUUCUUGCUGUUUCAUUUGCCAAAGAACCUCUUUUGAGGAUGCAUGGAAGGCUACGUGCUCGGCAAGGGAAGUUUCAGGUUUUAGUCCAACCAUGCACGUUCCUGAUGGCUACGAGUUCUUGCUACAACCUCUAAUCUUUAGUGGCCCUUGCAAUUCCGAAGCCGUUAACGUUGUGAUAGAUGGAAACCUAACAGCACCAAGUCAUCCUUCAAAAUGGAAGUGCGACGGAAGUAAUUGCCGUCAAUGGAUAGGCUUUGUUGAGAUCAAUGGUCUCUACAUUUAUGGCUCUGGUACUAUUAAUGCCCAGGGUACCAAAUGGUGGGGUUCCUCCAAUGUCAAUCACAAUGGAAAGUACCAUGGGUCAAAACCAACGGGGUUCGUAAUAGCACAUUCCAACAAUGUGCACAUAAGUGACCUAACCUUUAUAGACAGCCCUCAAAUGCACAUGGCGUUGGAAAGGUCGAUAUGGGUAUAUGUUUAUAAUCUCACUAUCACUGCCCCUGGCGAUAGCCCAAAUACUGAUGGCAUUCACAUUCAACAUUCCACACACGUCUUCAUAAGCCAAACUCACAUUGGGACUGGUGAUGAUUGUAUUUCCAUCGGAGAUGGUUCAUCAUAUCUCAACAUUAGCAUGAUCACAUGUGGUCCAGGUCAUGGCAUAAGUAUUGGAAGUUUGGGUAUAAGAGGGCAAUAUGAGACAGUAGAGAAUGUCUAUGUAAGCAAUGUGGAAUUCAGAGGAACUUCAAAUGGAGCAAGAAUCAAGACAUGGCAGGGAGGGAGCGGAUUUGCUAGGAACAUUGUGUUUGAGCAUAUAAGAUCCAUUGGUUCAGCUCAUCCCAUCAUCAUCGAUCAAUACUAUUGUGACCAUACACAUUGCAAAAAUCAAAAAUCAGCCGUGCAAAUUAGCAAUAUCAGAUACAGUUAUAUUUACGGGACGUCGGAGGAAGAUACAGCGAUACACUUUGCAUGCAGUGAAACAGUUCCAUGCAAAGAUAUAUAUAUGAAUGACAUCUACCUUCAAUCGACUCAACUGUGUAAAGAAACGACGUCGUUAUGUCAAAAUGUUGCUGGAAGGAAAAAUGGUCCAGUUUUGCCCAGUGUCCCUUGCUUGACUGAUUGAUAAAUUUGUACUAAUUCAAAAUGAGUACCAUAUCUACUAUAGUCAAUAUAUAGUUAAAUUUAUUUUGCUGAUUUUCGUACCAACUCAAGGUUUUAUUCGUAAUAAAGGUAUUUAAAGUUUGCUUUUCAGAACAAA